AGAGAGAGACAUAGAAGCAGAGGGAGAGAGAGAGGCAGAGAGACAUAGAGGCAAAGGGAGAGAGAGAGAGACAUAGAGGCAGAGAGAGAGACAUUGAGGCAAAGGGAGAGAGAGACAUAGAGGGAGGGAGAGAGAGAGACUCAGAGGCAGAGGGAGAGAGGGAAGCGCUCGCGCAGCCCGCCUGGGUUCACUCCACUCUGUCAUCGCACGCGCAGCGGACCGGGUGCAGGACGCAGUGAGUGUCGGCGCAGCGGAAAACCAGCCGGGCGGCAGCUCUGUGAACUCCCGGACCUACCGGACCUUGUUUUUUCUUUGCUUAACGGGGUUUUAAACAGUUUUUUUUGCUCUAUACUGUCUGCGUGCUCCGUACGUGUACAUUACACCCACCGGCCGGAGGAUGCUUCUGCUGCCGCCGGUAGAAACUGCCCGGUGGUAGCGCUCCGGACGGGUGUCCACUUCCCGACUACCCGAGCUGGGCUCCAGAUCCCUCGGGAGAGAGCGCGGACCUCCGGGUCGAUGCUCAGCGCUGGUCACGACAGUAAAACUGGACAUUGAGAGAGGAGGAAUACAGUUUUUUUCCUGGAUUUGUUUUAAUUUGUUUUAAGGUGUUGUGGAUUAGCACAUUAUUAUUUUAUUUGUCUUCUACCUGCGGCUCCAUCUGAGUACCGAGGAGGUGCGGAGCCUGUAUCCGAGGCUGGAGCGCUCAGAGCUGGGUAACCGCGCGGCUCUUACCCGGUCCAGACGGGUUCUGCUGGCCGGAGCCAUGGCGGCGCCCAGACGGACCCUCCUGCUCUACCUGGGGCUCGUCCUGCAGGCCUCCUGCGGCGCGGCGCCCUCCGACAUCCUGUACCGGGUCCCCGAGGAGCAGCCUCCCAACACGCUGAUCGGCAGCCUGGCGUCGGACCGCGGCCUCCCUGACACCGGCCACCUCUACAAGCUGGAGGUGGGGGCGCCAUACCUGCGCGUGGACGGAAAGACGGGAGACAUCUACACCACGGAGAUCCCCCUGGACCGCGAGACGCUGAAGGACUGCCGCAACCUGAUGGAGGGCGACCAGUGCUUCCUGGAGUUCGAGGUGUCCAUCACCGACAUGGUGAAGGGGCUGGGCUCGGGCCCCCGGCUCAUCGACGGCCGCAUCGAGGUGCUGGACAUCAACGACAACACACCGCAGUUCUCCUCUCCCAUUCUCUCGCUGUCGAUCCCCGAGAACACGCACGUGGGCGCCCUCUUCUCCAUCCCCAUGGCGACCGACAGGGACUCCGGCGCCAACGGCGUGGCAGAGUACUCGCUGACGACGGGGCUGGACGCCGACCGGCUCUUCUCCCUGCAGGUGGCGGUGGACCAGGACGAGAAGCUGCCGCAGCUGGUCGUCAUGGGAAACCUGGACCGCGAGAGGAAGGACUCGUACGACUUGAACAUCCGGGUGGUGGACGGCGGGAGGCCGGCGAGGGCGAGCAGCGCCCUGCUGAGGGUCACCGUCACCGACCAGAACGACAACGCGCCAAAGUUCGAGAGGAGCCACUACGAGGCCGAGCUGCCCGAGAACAGCCCGCAGGGACACUCCGUGCUGCAGGUCCGCGCCAACGACGCGGACACCGGCACCAACGGGGAGAUCGACUACAGCCUCCAUCAGGCCUCGGAGGCCGUCCAGAGGCUCUUGCGCAUUGACCGCUCUACCGGCAUCAUCUACGUCAAGGGCCUGGUGGACCGUGAGGAGGAGAGCUUCCUCAAGUUCUUCGUGGUGGCCAAAGACCGCGGGCCCAACUCCAAGAGCUCCAAGGUCCUAGUGACCAUCAACGUCCGGGACGUGAACGACAACGCGCCGGCCAUCGAGAUCCGCGGUAUCGGCCUGGUGACGCACCAGGAAGGCGUGGCCAACAUCUCUGAGGACAUGCCUAUCGGCACGCCAGUGGCGCUGGUGCAGGUGUCGGACCGGGAUGAGGGGGAGAACGCGGUCGUGACAUGCGUGGUCGCCGGCGACGUCCCGUUCCAGCUGCGCCCCGCCAGCGAGUCAGCCAACGACCGCAAAAGGAAGUACUUCCUGCAGACCACCACGCCGCUGGAUUACGAGCGCGUGCGGGAUUACAGGAUUGAGAUUGUGGCCGUGGACUCCGGCAACCCGGCGCUGUCCAGCUCCAACUCCCUGAAGGUCCAGGUGACGGACAUGAACGACAACGCACCCAUCUUCUCCCCCGCGCUGCUGGAGUUGGACUUCGCCGAGGGCAACCAGCCGGGGGACCGGGUGCUGUACGCCACGGCGACAGAUGCGGACAGCGGCACAAACGCCGAGCUGGCCUACAGCAUCGUGGAGCCGGCGGCCUCCAGGCUGUUUGAGAUCGAGGCCGACACCGGGGAAAUCCGCGUGAGGAACCUGCUGGAUCGGGAGGAGAGAGAGCGCUACGAAUUCCGUGUGGCGGCGGCAGACAAGGGCGUGCCCUGCAAGACCGGCACCGCCACCGUGGUGAUCAACGUCCUGGACCGCAACGACAACGACCCCAAGUUCAUGUUGAGUGGCUACAGCUUCUCCGUCAUUGAGAACAUGCCCCCGCUCAACCCUGUCGGGGUGGUGACGGUCACCGAUGCCGACAAGGGCGAGAACGCCCGCGUGAGGCUGUACGUGGAGCCGGACAACGGGAAGUUCAUGAUCCAGAACGGCACGGGCACCAUCCUCUCCAGCAUCUCCUUCGACCGCGAGAAGGAAAGCACCUACACCUUCAGCCUCAGGGCCGUGGACGGCGGCGACCCGCCGCGCUCCUCUUUCGUGGGCGUGACCAUUAACGUGCUGGACGAGAACGACAACGCCCCCUACGUCACCAAGCCGGCCAACUCCUCCUACAUCUACAUGUCCCCGGUCACCCCGCUGGACACCAGCGUGGAGGUGGUGGAGGCCGAGGACAUCGACUCUGGGCCUAACGCCGAGAUGGUCUACACCAUCAGGGGGAACCCAUACGACCUGUUCCACAUCUCGCCCAACAGCGGGGAGAUCAUGCUGGUGCAAGAGUUCACCGGCAAGCACAACGGGCUGCAUCGCCUCGUGGUAAAAGUCAGCGACAAGGGCAAACCCCCUCGCCACACCACCGCGCUGGUGCACGUGUUUGUCAACGACACCAAGUCCAACGUGUCCCUCAUCGAGGCGCUGGUGGGGCACAGCCUCUACACCCCUCUGGACCGGGACAUCGCCGGGGACCCCAACUACGCCCUCGCCCAGCGCAGCAACAUACUGUACGGAAGCUUGGCGGGGAUCGCCGGCGUGAUCCUCGUCAUCGUGGCCGUGGUUGUCAUCAGGCACCGGCUGCAGAAGGACACCAAGAGCGGCUACCAGGCCGGAAAGAAAGAGAGCAAGGACUUGUACGCCCCCAAGCAGGGUCCCAAAAGCAGCAAGGGGAAGAAGACCAAGAAGGGAAAGGCUCCCAAACCAGCCAAGCCCCUGGAAGAGGAAGUGGAGGCCGGCCUGCAGAACGCCCUUAAGUUCAACCUCAUCAACGAGGAUGUCACCGACAGCCCCCGGAUCCAUCUGCCCCUCAACUACCCGGGGAGCCCCGACCUUGGGCGCCACUACCGCUCCAACUCCCCGCUGCCUUCCAUCCAGCUGCAGCCGCAGUCGCCCUCCGCCUCCAAGAAGCACCAGGCCGUCCAGGACCUGCCGGCCACCAACACCUUCGUGGGGACAGGCGACAACAACUCCACUGGCUCCGACCAAUACUCGGAUUACAGCUACAAGGCCAACCCGCCAAAAUACAGCAGCAAACAGCCCCCCCACCGCCGCGUGACCUUCUCCACGGCCAAUCAGGCGCAGGACCUGCAGGACGCGUCCCAGCACAGCUACUAUGACAGCGGCCUGGAGGAGUCGGAGACCCCCAGCUCCAAGUCCUCGUCGGGGGGGCCCCGCAUCGGGCCCCUGGCCCUGCCCGAGGACCACUAUGAGAGGACCACGCCCGACGGCAGCAUCGGCGAGAUGGAGCACCCGGAGAACGACCUCCGGCCUCUCCCCGACGUAGCGAUGACCGGUAACUGCACCCACGAGUGCACCGAGUUCGGCCACUCUGACUCCUGCUGGAUGCCCGGCGAGCCCUCCCCCACCCACAAGGUGUCCAAGAAAGCACCCCAGCUCUCCACCUUCGUGCCUUACCAGGAGAUGGGGGGGCAGGAGCAGCUGAUGGCCAACGGAAGCCCCAAGCCCCCAGUGGAGGAGCGUGGGACGGGCGGAGUCGGCGGCUCCAAAGUGGCCAACAUGCGCUUCAUGACCCCCUACAGCAGUGCCUACCCGGGGGGGGGCGGGGACUCCUCCGGUAGAGACUUUGGGAGGGAGGAGGUCCCGCUGAGCCAGGCGGCGGAGUACCACCCCCACUCCGCCUCCACCCCCGCCGGCCAGACCUCCAAGAGGGAGAUCUACCUGUGAGAGCUCCAGGCACCUCCACCGCUACAACGACCCCCCCCGCCCCUCCCCCCCGCCCC